AUGGCCUGGUCCUUUCUGCCCGGUAUUGCGACCUCCUGGAUCCAGACCAUCUACUACGGGCUCACCAUCCGCGCCGGCGACCCCAAGCCCACGCCGGGCUCCCCGCGGCACACCUCCCACCGCAACACCAUCCACAUCCUCGUCGUCGCCACCUACCUACUAUACACCAUCUACGAGGCGCACCACGACCUGCGCAGCGCGCCCUCCUUCUACACCGAGCUCGGCAUCCCCGUGACCGCCGCCGAGCGCGAGAUCAAGUCGCGCUUCCGGCGCCUCGCCGCCCUGCACCACCCAGACAAGGCCAUGAGCGGCGCCGGGGACGCGCAGGCGUCGGCCGCCUUCUUCAUCCACCUCAAGACGGCGAGCGACACGCUGCAGGACGCGGCCAAGCGCUACGCGUACGAGCGCUUCGGCCCGGCCAUGCUCGAGUGGGCGCCGCGCUGCGUGACCGUCCGCGACUUCGUCACCCACGGCGUCGUCUACACGGUGCUGCCGCACUACGCCAUGGCCGCGGCCGCCGCGUACGCGCUCGGGCUGUUCGGGUACAUGGACUUUGCGCGCUUCUACCGCUGGCUGCUGCUCGCCACGCUGUGCCUGCUGGAGGUGACGCUCGCCACCACGGGGCCCGCGCUGCCGGCGCCGCUCGCGGCGCUCAACGCCGUGCUCGAGCGCGUCGCGGGCCUCCCGCCCUACCUGCCCUUCGAGGUGGUCCACCUGGCCCGCAAGGUGACGCUGACCGUGUACAUUGCGCUGUCGCAGAUCGGGCCGGUCUUCGCGGCGCAGCUGGACCGGCGGGCGGAGCAGGGCGUGGAGGACGAGGACAAGGCGCUGCGCGAGGGACUGAUGCGUCUGGAGGGGAUGACGCGCCAGCUGGACGCGGACGCGGCGCGGCUGGUGGACAUGGAGCUGACGCCGUUCAAGGGCGACGAGGAGAUGGUGGCGAGGAUGAGGGGCAAGAUGCGCGACUGGCUCGUCAACAACACCAUUCGCUCGGAUCCGAUGGUCAAGGACGCGCUGGGCAACUCGUUUCGGAAGAGGCGCGUGGAUGCGCCAGCGGGCGCCAAGGGAAACCGAUAG